GUUGACGCAUCAACGGUUGUGAAAAAGCGCGUGUCACCAUCGCUUCUCCUCGUUCUUCGAUCUUUCCUCUUCAAGAAAUCGCUGAUCAUUUUUACGGGGAAGCCCUAAGACAGUCGGUGGGAAAAUUGUGCGCGCGAAAUCCCGAGGAUAAUUCUGAAACCGGACCGGCCGGUGGACCGUUAAGAAAAUAGAUUAAGGAAGAUUUUAAUCAAUCAUUCGUCGUUACCGUACACGUACGGUCGUUAUUACACGUAAGGAAGUACUUUCACUGUGCUCUCAUUCGUCAACCCGUCCUGAAGGGACGUCACUGUAAUUUCGCGAAGCGCCGGCAUUGCGGUAGAUUAAAUCCUCGAGAGAAACGUGUCCUCGCGAGCUUUCCUAGACCUUCGUCGAAGGAAACGCGCGAAUCGACCGGAGGGGGUCCUCGUGCGUCCGUCGUUGUGCUCGUGUCGCGUUUCCGCGCGGGAGAACUCGAGGUUCGGUGUCGAUCAGUAAAAAAGUAGCGACGACGAAGUGCGGGCUGUCGGUGAACCGGCGCGAAACCGCAUGGAAGAACUCGGACCUGUGCGUGAUGGCGGCUCGAGAUGCCCCGCGCGUUCCUUCGUCGAGUUCCUCGCUGCCGUCGUCGUCCUCGACAUUCACGUACACGACCUUCCGCGGAGGAUUCCCACGACAGGAUAGCAUGGGCGCACAGGCCGAGGACCGCGACAGUUAAAUAUGCGAGAGCUGAACGCGACCGCAUGCGCUGCUUUGUACGACGGCGUCGAGUGGUCAAGCCUGUGGAACCUGGUUACCCUGGUCGUCCUGGUGUUCGUCGCUGUCAUGGUGAUAGUCGGUAACGUCCUGGUGAUACUGGCCGUCUGUUACACCAGCAAGCUGAGGAACGUGACGAAUAUGUUCAUCGUCAGCCUGGCCGUCGCCGAUCUAAUGGUCGGCACCGCCGUCCUGCCAUUCAGCGCUGCCUGGGAGGUCUUCAAAGUUUGGAUAUUCGGAGAUUUCUGGUGCUCCGUGUGGCUGGCGGUCGACGUCUGGAUGUGCACCGCGUCGAUAUUGAAUUUAUGCGCCAUCAGCUUGGAUAGAUACUUAGCUGUGACCAGACCGGUCAGUUAUCCUCAGCUUAUGUCGACGAAGAGGGCCAGGCUGCUGGUGGCGGCCGUUUGGGUUUUGAGCUUCGUCAUCUGCUUCCCGCCUCUGGUGGGCUGGAAAGACAAACGGUCGCAUCCCGCGUACAAUGUAACGUUCCCGCCGUACGGCCCGUCCAAUACCACCACUAUUCUCGUGCCGGUCAAGCCGUGUCCAUGGAUCUGCGAGUUGACCAACGACGCCGGCUACGUCGUCUAUAGCGCCCUGGGUUCCUUCUACAUACCGAUGCUGGUAAUGAUGUUUUUUUACUGGCGGAUCUACAACGCCGCGGUCUCCACGACGAGGGCGAUUAAUCAAGGCUUUCGGACAACAAAGGCCUCGAAGAUGCUCGGCACCAGGUGCAGGUUCGACGAACAAAGACUGACCUUAAGAAUACACCGCGGCCGCGGCAGCCUCCAGAACGGGAGCAAUAACGGCAACUCGACGAGAAGUCCGGACUCGAGCAGCCGGUGCUCCGUCAAAAGGGAGAAGAUCAAGAUCUCGGUCUCCUACCCGAGCUCCGAGACGCUCAACACCAAGUGCAACACCCUGGAGAGAACGCCGUCGAGGUGCUCGCAAAUCUCCGUGCAUUACAGCAACGGGCAGACGCAGACGCAGCUUUGUCCGGUAUCGCGUAACACGCAUCUCAAGGUUGGCGGUGUCAAUAGGGUCGGCAGCAGCAAGAGACCGAGCAGACGAAGCAGCUGCGAGAGUCAGGUGACCGGCGACGAGCUGUCGCUGCGCGAGAUGACGCCGAGCUGCGAGGAGAAGCCGAGGGUGAUGAAGAUGGGAAAGAGGAACAUAAAGGCUCAAGUGAAGAGGUUCCGCAUGGAGACGAAGGCGGCGAAGACGCUGGGCAUCAUCGUCGGCGGCUUCAUCAUGUGCUGGCUGCCCUUCUUCACGAUGUACGUGGUGCGCGCGUUCUGCCCGAACUGCAUCCAUCCGACUGUCUUCAGCGUGCUGUUCUGGCUGGGCUACUGCAACUCCGCGAUCAACCCGUGCAUCUACGCCCUAUUCAGCAAGGACUUCCGCUUCGCCUUCAAGAGGAUUAUCUGCAAGUGCUUCUGCAAGCGGCGCGCCAACACCCUGCGACGCGGCAGCGACGGCAGCCAAUUGGCAAUGAGGAACGAGCGUAGUCCAAGCUACUCGAUCCGCGCGCCCCAGCAAGGCGUCUCCAUCGACGACUCGGACCAGGACCCGGGGUCGGAUCCGACCCACUCGCAGAGCGAGUCCAGAUGAUUGUAGCACGCGCGGACCGGCGCGCAGUGCGUCGUCUUCAAUCCCCGGUCCUCCAAGGCGAGGAUAUUCUCCUUCUGACGGCGGCGGGCCGGACGCGCAUCGUCGGACCCUCGCGCCGCGCGACUCACCCCCGACUGAGUGCCGACGGUUAACAACCACCAUCCAGCCGUAUAUUCACAGACUGACCGACGGUCAGCGUGCUGCGGCGGAGGUGGACGCUACCCCAGGACGGCGAACGCGUCUCCGACGCGCCGGGGGCGCGCGCGAGAAACCGAGGUGGACGAUCGAGCGACAAGCGACUCUCCCCCCCUGCCCCUCCCAGCUGCCCUGUUAAUCCCCGUUGAUCCCGAGUCGAAAUUUCGACGUCCCGACCCUCUAGAGGAGGCUCCGUGGCUAAGUAUUUCGUAGUUUCGACGGCGCAUCAAUGGGGCGCCACUUGUAAUUUUAGGACUUAUCAAGCAAAAUUACGCUACCGUAUUUAUUUAUUUCAUUAAGCGAUCGAUGAAUGUCAAUUUGAAACGUUGUUGAAAUGCACAAUAUUACAAAAAUUCAGAAAUAUUUUCUCUUUCUUUUUUUCCUUUUUAUCAAUGCUGUAUUUGUGCAUCAGUUGAUCUAACGCAGAAGCGCACAGAUGAUAGAAAGGGGUACACAAAUGUUUGAAUAUGUGCGUGUGUAUAUUUCACGUGUUACUGCAAGUCAUGAAUUUUAUACCGCUGCAUUAUCAAAACAGAAAUGACCAAUAAUCUUGAAAUUUAUGUAUAAUGCCUCCACAUUAAGUACUCUUUAAUACCAUAGCAGGUUUUUCAUCGAAAUCUUAUUUUUAGUCUUCUUCUUAGUUUAGAUCAUUUUUUUCGUAUUCUUGUAGUUUCUUUCCUCUCCGUACGGAUCAGCUCCUACUGUGUUAUAGAAUUAAAGAUUUCCAUAGGGACGAAAUUUCGACUCUAAAUUUCCUCGUUGAAAGAAAGAACGGGUGGAGACUCGGCUCACCCUCGCUGGUCCAUUCCGGCCGACCUGAGCUCGACCUUAUGAUCGAGGCUCAACCUUCGCCGUCGGGAACACGGAAAAGUGUGCCAAAGUAUGCGGCCACGAAGACACGCACGUCCCUCUUUCCCGGGAAUUGAAUCUCGGCGCGUGCAGCUUGGGAAUACCGCAGGCUUCUUCGUCGCGCGCGCGCGCGCGCGCAAUCACCGAUCGAGGAGACUCGCAGGAAGAAAGAAACGUAGGAGAAGAAAGACGACGAGAGAGACGCGGAUCGGGCACGCGUCUUUCCUCGCGAAUUCCUCGUUUCCGCGAGAGCUUCGCUUCGACCUGCACCUGGGCUUACGAACGGACGGCCUUUCGCGAGUGGCCGCUUCCGUCGCGACCACCGUCCGUUGAAUUAUAGCGAGCUAUCGUCGCCACACUUGACACAUUGCCGAUCGAUUGGGCGUUCUUCUUUUUUUUUUUCAACGAUCGACCGAUCAACCGGAACUUUUGAUGAUUCCGCGGAGAAGAAUGGUCUUACCUUCGGAUUUUAUUAUAUCAACCGUUGAAGCAGAUCGCGGUGCAAAUCUACACCAUCGAUUUCUUCGAAUCGUUGCUUUCCUCGAAGUACGAUCAAACGUGAAUCGAUCUUUCAAUUCUUCCUUUAUUAUCAAUCAAACAGUUUUUCAAUGUUUCUUUUAUUAUUUCCUAUCGGCUUUCGUACCGUCAUCAUCAGAUUUCCCACGUUUCUUUCUUGUAUAAAAAAAAAUUACUGGGUUGGAAUUGACCAGUUCGGAAUCGAGUUGUAAGUUGUCGGCGAAAAUCGACGAUGCAAAUUUGCACCUGUGUGUAUGUGUGUGUGUGUGUGUGUAUGCUUUAAGAGUUAACUCUCACGUUGUACGAGAGUCGUAAAAGUUCAUGUCGGGAUACUACAGAAAUUGUUUACGAAACGCACGGUUUUCAAAGCCCUAAUUCGCGCGGUUGGCAAUGUGUCACGUGUAUCCCGCGCGGAUCGCCGCGGAGUAAUCGCUCGUUCCGCUCUCGUCCCGGCGCGAUCAUUCGGUGUAGACACGUGGGUGAAAGUCAUUUUCAGGGGGACAACAAUAUUUUGUUGUAACGAAUAAAUAAAUAUACAAGGUGUUUCUUAAGUCGCACAUUUCAGGGAAUGAUUUUUGAGGGAAUGAAUUUUAUGAAUGAAUGAACAACAAAUCACGAACAAACUGAAGAGAUUAUGAACAAGCCAGCAAAAGUUCACAGAAACUUUUCACCUCCGUGAAUCUCAAAAAUCAGCUCUUGAAAGAUUUUUAAGGGCGAUACUUGAGAAAUAUAUCUCGCGCAUUCAUUCAUUCGCCACGGUAACGCACAAUCUGCCCGAAUUACUUUUCCCCGUGUGCACGAUCGCCGUGUAUAUUCACCUCUUCCCCUCCGCGAUUGAACGUGCGCCUUUUUCCAUACAGCCACCCCUUCCCUCCCCUUUCGCUUGCUUCCUCGCAACCACUUCGCUCUAUUUGUCCCGAUCGGCAACUCGCGAAUGAGCUGACUGUCUGUGUCGGGUCUCCGCGUCCUCCCAGCUUCACCGGGACGAACGAUCGACCGAUCACUCCAGGGCUAACCGCGAGACCGGUGGUCGAUGUGUCGGUCGUGUCGUGGUGUUUCGCGUCGUCCUCAGAGAGAAGAUUCUCACGGGAACAUCCUGUACGGUUGACCCUGUUCUGUAAUCUUUUCACACGGGUAAGCUAUGGCCCACAGUCUUGUUUUAAGACGUGAGUGGUGAGCAAAUUGACCGACCACGCUCGAUUAUUCCCCUAAUAACGACUGAAAUUGGUCAGUUUGCUUGUGUGUUAUAGCAAGGAAGUCGAAAGUUACAGGAUGAACGCGCCGCCGGUGUCAUCGACCGAUCCCUUCGAACAAAAGGGCCGACGCACCGUCGCCGCCGCUCUCGCCGCGAUCGAAGAGAGACGAGACGCGUUCGUGAGGCGCGGGUAUAACGAGCGACAGCAGGUCGCUAUGUACAUAUCGGUAUCUAUGCAUGUCGUUCUACCUUCUAUAUAAACCGAUGUUCGCGCGCACGCUCGUAUAAAUCGGCGUUUCUCCUCCCUCCUUUCUCCUCAGGCUCUCCUUCCUCGUCGUCCUCCUCCUCCGUCUGCUGCUGCUCUUCUUCCCUCUUCUAGGAUUCCUCACUCCCCUCACUCUUUCCCUAUCUUUCCUCAGCCUCUUCCAACUUCCUGCUUUCCGCAUCUGCACGAUUUUCCAGGACGCAGCUGGAACGUGGUUACUCUCUCUCUCUCUCUCUCCUUCUCGGAGAGAUGCCGUUUAAUUCCUACCGUUUUUUUCUACGUUACCUCGCGACUGUACAAAGUACAUCAUCACGUCACGUCGUUGUAUCGCAUGUGUAUGUGCAACGCACACACGUACACACACAGGCGUUAUUAUUUUGCACGAAACAAAGCAAUAUACUCGACGCUCGCGCGGAGGACUCGGAUUCCACGAUCCCAUCGUCCCUUUAGGUCGUUGUCCCUCAGCCAGGUUUUUGACGAGAGGGGGCGGGCGAGAGACUGCCGAUCGACUUGAAUGCGUGAUUCGUGUAUUAUGUGAUAUGUAUAUCGUAUAAAUACGUAAGAAACGGAUGAGAAUAAAAUAUGUGAAUACGUACGAACGGAGCCCGCUGUCAGCCCUCGUCAUUCGCGCCAUUCCGCACACCCACCGGGCGCCAUGACGCCCAGGUCAAGAAGGUCAGCGGGAGGAGAGCGUUUCUUUCGAGGUAUGCCAGCAAAUUAUCUCCCUCCGUGUAAAACAACAUGUUUUUACUAUAAUUUCUUACUUUAAUGUUUCAUGGAAGAAAUAAAGUCCUCCUUUAAU